AAGCAAGUCUUUUACGUUUUGAAUCCAUACCUUGUUUGUGCUUGGGAUUUUAAUUUUAUACUAGGGGACUCACCGAAACUCCGUAAGAACAUCCAAACUCCGAAUCGGAGCGCCAAAGCUUUUUCAUACACACAAGAAAAAAUACACACAUUCUUUGUAGACAUAACUAUAACUAUCAAAAUCUUUAUUACCCAAAGCAUAAUAAUGAGUAUUAAGCCCUAGAGCAAGUGUGUCUGGAGAGGUGGCAAUGGAGCUUGAUUACAACAAAGUUAAUUUACCCGAAGGAGUGGCUCCAUUCACACAUAUUACUCGAAAUGAACGUUCAGGCAGGAAGCAGAUAAAGAAAAAAGAAGAGGAUAUUGCUGUUUGCGAAUGCAAGUUUGAUCCUGGCAAUGCUAACCUUUCGUGUGGAGAAAGGUGUUUGAAUGUCCUGACCAAUACAGAAUGCACACCUGGUUAUUGCCCUUGUGGCAGUUAUUGUAGGAACCAGAGAUUUCAAAAAUUUGAAUAUGCAAAGACAAAGUUAUUUAAGACAGAGGGACGUGGAUGGGGUCUUUUAGCUGAUGAAAAUAUCAAGGCUGGGCAAUUCAUUAUUGAAUAUUGUGGAGAAGUAAUUUCUUCAGAAGAAGCAAAGGAAAGAUCUCACACUUAUGAAACUCAAGGUUUAAGGGAUGCAUACAUAAUUUCUCUUGAUGCUAGUCACUAUAUUGAUGCCACCAGAAAAGGAAGUUUUGGUAGAUUUAUAAACCACUCUUGCCAACCGAAUUGCGAGACAAGGAAGUGGACAGUUUUGGGGGAAACAAGAGUCGGGAUUUUUGCAACCCAAGAUAUUUCUGUUGGAACGGAACUGGCAUAUGACUAUAAUUUUGAAUGGUAUGGUGGUAUCAACGUCCGUUGUCUCUGCGGGGCUCCUAACUGUUCUAUUUUUCUUGGUGGAAAGUCUCAGGGUUUCUUGGAGCAUAAUCAUGUGUGGGAAGACGGUGAUGACAGAUAUACUGUUGAUGCGUUCCCCCUGUAUGAUUCUGCUGAGGAUGAGCCUUUGGAUAAAGUCAACAAAGUUACAGACUCUACUAUUCAGGAGGCCUCCUUAACUGUCAAAGCUGAGAAUGAUGCUCUAAACAACAAUAGUUUUGGGUACGAUCACAAGAUAAGUUUGUCAGGAUUGGUUGCUGGUGGGGCCAUUGAUAAGGUCAAUUUGGAAGUUGAAGGCAAGAAAGAUGGUGAUCAGCAUGCAAUGGUAGUUUCUGGACCAAGGAGUAACGAUGAUUUUGGGAAUUUUAACAAUGGAUCGGGUAUAAGUUCUGCAAAACGGGCAGCUAAACGCAUCCCAAAUCGAAAGCAAAAGCUUUCUUGUAGGAAACAGGUCAAUGGUAAACGUAUUGCUCAACUAUUUGCUUCAAAGAAAAUACAAGAUGAACUCAUAAAAUGUGAGGAAGAACGAAAUGAAGCGACUGCGAAACUUGAUUCUGUGUAUGACGAAAUACGACCUGCAAUUGAAGAACGUGAAAGGGACAGUCUUGAUAGUCUUCCGAUAAAUGUAGCAGAAAAAUGGAUAGAGGCUUCAUGCUCAAAAUUAAAAGCAGAUUUCGAUCUUUACUUCGCUGUAGUAAAAAAUGUGGUAUGCCCUCCUGUUACAAAUGAACCAGAUCCUGUUCCCGAGAAUGCUAUUGAUUGCUUGAAAAAUUAAUGCUGGUCAAAAAUGCUAUUCUUCGAGAUGGACAUACAGCUUUUGUUAUGAGGUUUGACUCUGGAGUUUGAGAUGAGAAUUACAACUAUUGAUGGUAGUUAUUCAACCGGGAAACUGCAUUUUAUGUUCUUGAAAUUUUUUUUGAGUGUUUAACUACCAUCUAUGCUGGAGUUAAAUAGGCUUUCUCUCAUUGAUGGAUUUUUCCAACUAUUUAUGCAGUUUUUCUUUUCAAGUAUUUAUAAAUUGUUAGAAGUAGGAUUAGGACAGUGUUUGUGAUUCCUAUCCAACUGUAAUCAUUUAGCAUAUUGUUAUAACUUAUAACUGGAGUCUUGACUAGAACUAUUAUGGCUCAUGGGCUUUUAGGAACCGUGUUUGUUGCUUCAGGUUCGUUUUAAAUAUCAGCUCACAUCAAUACUGACCUUUUUUAAUAA